AAUGGAUUACCAUCUCACAUUAAUCUUUCAACAUUCAUGGCCUCUUUUCAACAUGCUAAAAUAAAUAUCCCACCAAUAAUUCAUCAAUAUCCCACCCCCGACCUGGCACUACUUGCAGGAAAAUUCCAACACCCACUUGCAAUAAAAGGUAGGAAAUCCCCGGUACGCGUCCCGUGUGGUAUCCAUCAGUUUUCAGGUGCCCGGAAUUCGGAUUCUCUAUGCCAUCAUCGUCUAUUUUUCGGUGGCCGGAAUUUGUUUUCUCAUAUUUCACAACAAGGUUGGGUCUAGAGAGCUUCAGGUGGUUGGAUUUUUCUAUUGAUGAUGUGUGGUGGACCUUUGUUACGGUGCUGGAGUCCGUGGCUUUAGCUGCUAUGCUUUGCUACUUCUUUGUAUUCUGUGGCUGUACUCUUUGAUGAAGAUCAACUGACCAUCUCUGAAUUCUUUUCUUGUACAUAUACAUGACUGACAACCCCCCUCAGUAAGAUUCAAGACGCGCUUAGUCCCAAGCAAGGCGCAGGCGCUUUUUAACGUCAGGGCGAGGCAAAACUAAUACAAGGAGACUGUUCAGAAAAAGUUGCUCCUCGUAGCGUGGUCAUGAUCAAUUAAAAAACCCCAAAACAACAGAAUCCUUUUAAAACAUGGACAACUUACAUUUGAUAGCUCUGCAUCCAUAAACCCUAUCCCCCCCUUUCCAUCUCCCUCUGUCAACCUCAUUCGCUUCAAAUGGAGGACGAAAGGUCUCUCUCGCUUCUCAAGUUAAUGGUUAAUGAAGGAUUAUUCCCAUCUCCAGAAGAAGACGAGAAGAGGAAGAUUAUUGUCGAAAAGCUCAAAACAAUUGUGGUAGCGUGGGCUAAGAAGGUGGCGUGGCAGCGGUGUUUACCAAAACAACAAAUUGCAGCUACAUCUGCUACUAUAUUGACUUAUGGAUCCUAUGGGCUUGGAUUUCAUGAUCCAGAGUCUGAUAUUGAUGCUUUAUGUGUUGGUCCUUUCUUCGCCACUAUAGCUGAGGACUUUUUUAUUGUUUUGCACAACAUACUUAAGAGCAGGCCUGAAAUAUCAGAAAUCCAUUGUGUGAAGGAUUCAAAGGUUCCUUUGAUGCGGUUUACAUUUGAUGGGAUUUCAGUUGAUCUUCCAUAUGCUCAGCUUAAAGUCUUAAAUGUUCCUGAAAAUGUGGACAUACUCAAUCUAUCCCUUUUGACUAAUAUUGAUGAGACCAGUUGGAAGAGUUUGUCUGGAGUACGUGCUAAUCAACGGAUACUGCUGCUUGUUCCAAACCUGAUGAAUUUCCAAUCCAUGCUGCGAUGUCUUAAACUGUGGGCAAAACGGCGAGGAGUGUAUGGUAAUCUAAAUGGGUUUCUGGGAGGAGUGCAUUUAGCAGUUCUAGCAGCCUUUGUUUGUCAAAAUCAGCCAAACGCCAGUGUAAUUGCUUUAAUUUCAAACUUCUUUAGUACAUAUGCGAUGUGGCCUUGGCCUACACCUGUUAUGCUGCAAGAUGGAAUGUCAUCAAAUGUCGAAGAUGUGAUUGAGACUCGAUUCUACAUGCCUAUUCGUUUGCCAUGUAGUCCAUACGAGUAUUGCCAUUCCAAUGUCACUAAAAGCACAUUCACCAAGAUCAGAGCAGAGUUUCUCAGAGGGCAUUCUAUGACUAGGACCUGUUUUCUUACAAUACAGGAUCUUCUAAAGUUAAAGCUGGACUCUGAUGUGGGGAGAAUUUUUGAGCCUUUCCCAUACUCAACGAACUAUACACGAUUUGUCAAAAUCUACCUUUCAGCUCCUGAUCAAGAUGAGCUAGGAGACUGGGUGGGCUGGGUGAAGUCACACUUCCGCUGUCUACUUCUUAAGCUGGAAGCCGUGCAGGGCUUUUGUGACCCCAACCCCAUGGAAUAUGUUGAUAUGGAUGCAUCUGAACCAAAUGUUGUUUUCUACUGGGGCCUAAAUCGCAGUAGAAGCAAUUUCGUGUAUAUAGAACCUGUUGAGGAGGAUUUCUCGAGGAGUAUAUAUUGUGGCUAUUAUGGCAUUCGUGGAAAGAUGGAAUUAUCUAUCGUGCAAGCAUCUGAACUACCAAAGAAUGCUCGGUUUGACAGUGGAAACGGCAAGAAAAUGAAAGCAUGCUGGAAGAUGCUUGACUACAAUCAAAGGAGGACCCCAGCAUAUUCGCAACAUCUGCCAAGCUACUUUGUUGGGUAUGUGGAAAGCAAUGGAGACACCGAGUACCCAAGUACUGGGGGCUAAAGUUUACUGUUAUGCUCUCUUACUCUCUGUUCUGGUACUGAUCUUGUUUUGCAUCCUACCUUGAGAAAUUUGUGUGCGAUUAGAAUUUAGGGUUAAGGGCUUAUGGAUUGAACAACUUAGUCUGUGAUAGCAUAUUAGCUUUAAAACAACAUAAAUAGGAUGGAUUCUAAAGAUAUAAAAAAGGGAGUUUGCAAUA